AUGCCCACCGAUCAUCAUCACCCAGUAGGACAGCGCUACUCCCCUCUCACUGCUGCGUCGUCUGACACUGAGGUCUCUACUGCUACUCCACUAGCAGGAAAGAGAGUUGCCGUCAUUGGAUCGGGGCUGGCAGGUCUCACUACUGCCUGGGCCCUCUGCAGUGGUGUCGGUAGCGCCAUAGAGGAGGUUACAGUAUAUGAGCGUGCUGACAAACUAGGACUAUAUAGUACUCUCCUACACUGA